UUUCACACGAACGCUGGUCGGAGAGGCGCAAGAGGAUUUCAGAGGCGGUGCCGCUCCCCGUGUGGACGAAGAAUGCAGACGAUAAAGUGUGUAGUGGUGGGUGACGGGGCGGUUGGCAAAACAUGCCUUCUCAUUUCCUACACAACAAACGCCUUUCCCGAGGAGUACAUACCCACUGUGUUUGACAACUACAGCGCUCAGAUGAGCGUUGACGGCCGUACGGUAAGCCUUAACCUUUGGGACACGGCAGGGCAGGAGGAAUACGACCGUCUGCGCACACUCUCCUACCCGCAAACGAACGUCUUCAUCAUUUGCUUCUCCAUCGGAAGCCCCUCCUCCUACGCUAACAUUCGCCACAAGUGGCACCCAGAGGUGUCACACCACUGCCCGAGCGUACCUAUCCUUCUGGUGGGCACCAAGAGGGAUCUACGCUCUGACGCAGAAACGGUUAAGAAGCUGAAGGAGCAAGGGGUCGCGCCAACGACCCAGCAGCAGGGCAGCGCGCUAGCCAAGCAGAUCGGCGCCUUCAAGUACAUGGAAUGUUCCGCGCUUCUCCAAGAGGGCGUACGGGAGGUGUUUGUGGAGGCCGUACGUGCGAUGCUCUAUCCUGUGACCAAAAAGCAUACCAAGAAGUGCGUGCUCUUGUAGUCUGUGCAUUGGGGACUGCCAGUGGAUAUGAACUUGACCGAGUCGAAAACCAGCCGCGCAGAGAGUGAUCCAUGUGUCCGUAUCCAUCCCUUUUUAUUUAUGCCACUUUAAUUGCUCUUUCAGGUCACUGUGGCUUUGUUGACGCCUCGUUUCUUCAUAUUAUUUUAAAUUAGUCUGCCAAAGUUCCUCACCUGUUUCUGAUUAUUAAUAACAAUGUAUUACCAGCACCACUCAGUGAAAGAAACACUUGCAUCAAAUUAACGAUUUUCCAGUGUUGCCUUGUAUUCCAAUGCCUUUGCAUUCAGAUAAAUGUGCAAUAUAAUGAAGACUGUUGUGCGACCAAGGCUUAUAUAUGCAACGAGUUAGUCUUCAGGCCUCUGAUGAAAACGCAUCAGUCUUUGUUUAAAGUUGCUAUGCGGGAUGUUUCCCCAUCAAAUCUGAUGUGCCUUUGAAAUGGAUUUUAAAUUAUAUAUAAAUAUAUAUUUUAAGUACAUAUUGUAUUUUAACCAGAUAUGUUCAGUAUCACCAAAGCAAUAUUUGAACGAGUUGUAAAAAUAAUGGAUUGUUUGGGUUGCAUUGGUUUAAGGCUGACUCUUAUUAUGAAAUGUCUAGAUUUUAUUUCAACCCAAAAACAAAAUAAAUGUUAUUUUUCCACAAAUGCAUAUUUUAGGUCAAUUAACAUUUUGAAUUGUGACAAUAAUUUAAUGGCUAUUAAGCAUGUUUUAAUCCAGGCAAUUAUUAACGCAUAGAAUUAAGUAAUGGAAAUAAUCCUGUGAAAAUACAAAGAUAAUUAUAUAUAUAUUUUUAUAAUUUGGUAAAGCUUCACAAAAAUAUUGUAUUUGUGAACAUGAGUAAAUGCAUUAGGUAUCAUGAACUAACAAUUAAGAUAUUUAUGAACAGCAUUUACUAAAAGAAUAUUUCAGAUUCAAUACGAGUAAAGCUCAACCGAUGGCAUUUGUGGCAUAAUGUUGAUUACCGCAAAAAAUAUUUCGACUCGUUUAAAAAUGAAAAGGAAAAACUGUCAGCGUUAAAAUACCGAUUCAAAAGUAUAGCCACAAGACAACGUGUGUUAACAUGAUUAUAAUGUGAUAAAUUACACUUACUAACCUUUUCUGUGUCAUGUCCAAUUGUACAACUUUGUUGCCAUGACGAUGUAACGUCCAACACUCUAAACAACCAUAGAAACGACAACUUUACAGCUCAAAUAAUGCACAAGUUUUAACAGAAAAAUGAAUGUUAGUGCUUUUAUAAAAUUAUAAUCUUCACAUUUCUGCCUUUUUUAAACACUCAAAAUUGACACGAUGCACUUCCGCUCGAUUUUCGUUCUUUUUCUUUUUAGAGGAAAAGAGGGACGAGACUAUUUUUACAUUUAAUGUUAUUUUAUUCAAAUGCGGUUGAUUUGAGAUGAAUUUGUACUGAUCCUGGAAUAUUCGUUUAAUCUACGUCAAUGUUAAUUAAAAACAAACACAACUCUUCAAUGUUAGUUCAUAAUGCACAACUAAUGUUAACAUAUACAACGUUUAACUUAAUGUUAGUUGAAAUCAGCAUUGACCAAGAUUAAUAAAUGCUUUAUUCGUUGUUAGUUCAUUAAUGUGGUUAACGAAAACCUUUAUUGUAAAAUGUUUAUAUGUAAAUAUAAAACUGCAUAAAUUAUGAUGGACACUCAAAUUUGUAUUUUAAAAUUUCAAAAUCAAAUUUUUUCGUAUUAUGGAAAUUACAAUGGGAAUAUGCUUUGUCAUAUAAUAAUGCCACAAUGCAAAAUAAUUCAAAUGUCUUUGUAAGGCUUUUUCUUUUGGGGUGAAAUACGACUUGGACAUCGUGGAAUCCAUCUUUAAUCUUGUGACAUCAAUGAGGGAGUCAUUCUGAGAAUUGUGCCUAAUGGAAACACCUCAACGAAAGGCUCUUAAUGGCUUCAUCCCACUGUGACGCUAAACAAGUAUUUUAGUCAUUUACGUAUUAUCAGCAUAUCACAUUUGGGUAUUUCCGUGUUAGAGUUGCUCUAGAAAGAGAUCAGGUUGACCUGCGUGCCUUACUGAAGUUCACAACAAAGCCUUUGCCCUACAGUUUGCCUUAUAUUAUGCUGUUAUGUCACUAUGAUUUUGGCUUCCCUUGGUUUUUUAUUCACCAGUCGAUUGUAGUAAAGCCUCUUUCCUCGCUGCAUUGCAUCGGUGUGACACAAUUUUGAGUUUGUCUUCUAGACCAAACACUGAGUAGCAGGCAUGCAUGACUGCCUUUGCGCUAAUCCACUGCAUGCAUAGUACAAACCCAACACCAAGACAAGUUUGGUUUUGCAUCUCAAGAGGCCAAAGUAUGUCUGCCACAUGAUUGCUAUCAACAACAUUGGCUGAUGUUGAAUUCAUCUUGAUCUAAACAUGGAAAAACCAAGUUAACCCACAUUAAAUGUACGUCAAUAUUGCCUCGCUCGCACAUUCUCGUCAAGAUAUAAGAUGGUUUCCAAUAUUAUUUUCCGAUAUAAUUUCCACUUUCCACUAAUCUUGACAAUUAAACAUAUCAUUGUGCACAGUUUGAGCUGCUUGUUAUGAUGCGUGUGUUUUACUCGGGUGUGAAAGGCCUUUACCUGUUAUUGUGUUUCUUUGCAUUCUCAGUCUGAAGUUGUGGUUAAACAUUUUUGCAAAACUGACAUUGCUGAAUGGCGCUGUGGUUUGACGCUGUUGAAACCUGAGACAAAAUGUCAUAACCAGCAGAUGUUUUAUAACUGAUACAAAGUUUGAAAAUGCCUUUUGUGCUUUUAAUAUUAUGCUUUUCUUGUUUGCCUGCCAAAUGUGGCCAAAGAGUGCCUUUUGGAUACAAAGAUUUAUUGUGGAAUAACUGGACUUGCCAACAAUGAGUCAAACAUGAUAUGAAACGCAACAAUGUUUGUAUCGAUCGAUGAGAUCGUUCCCUGUUUUGAUUUGAGUUCGAGUUUAUUCGAUAUCGCCGAACUGAUUUAAAGCAUUGUAUUGUUGUUUAGAGGAAAUGAUGUAAGGGAAAUGCUCUCCGAAAUGAAAUCUGUGCAAACGUUGAUUAUAUUACUAGGUGUGACGCUGUGCAAGGGGGAAUGAGUGACUGUGACCGUGUAUUUGUGAAUUGAUUUCUGUUUCAUCACUUUGUCAUAAGCGGACCAUUAGGCCUCACGCUGCAUACUGUCUGCGUUUAUGGUAUGUGGUACUACAUUUAUACACUGGGAACUUGAUUAUGUUGAUAUUACCUUUUUUUAUAACCAAAAAUAAAUUGUAUAAAUGAACUAACCAUGAAAUUAUUUUAAAUUAUG